AUGUUAGAUGUCGAUCUUGUCAAGCAUAAUGUCGGCGGGUGUACUUUCGAUACCCCUAGUCGAUACUCCAAUAUACAACUUCAAGGCUUUGGAGCCUAUGGCAUUGUUUGCUCUCUAAAGGAUAACCUCACGUCCGAGGUUGUUGCGAUCAAGAAAAUCCCAGACCCAUUUCGGUCAGAAGAAGCAGCCAAGCGAACUUUUCGUGAGGUCAAACUACUUCGGCAUCUCGAGCAUGAUAACGUGAUCUCUUUGCGGGACAUAUUCGUCUCCCCUCGCGAUGACAUAUAUUUAGUUACAGACCUCAUGGCUACUGAUCUCGCGCACAUCAUCGCUUCGAAGCCUAUAGAUGAUGAAUUCGUCAAGUAUAUCUGCUACCAAAUUAUGCGAGGCCUGAAAUACAUUCAUUCAGCAGGCGUUGUGCACCGGGAUCUCAAGCCAAGCAAUGUGCUGGUAGAUGAGAACUGUGAUAUCAAACUAUGCGAUUUUGGCCUCGCCAGAACAGUCGAUACUACCAUGACGGGCUACGUCACUAUGCGACAUUAUCGAGCCCCCGAAACUAUGCUAACAUGGCAGAAAUACACCGUCAAAGUUGAUAUGUGGAGUGCAGGUUGCAUACUUGCUGAAUUGAUCGCAGGGACACCACUUUUCCCUGGCCAAAGCCACGCCGAUCAGUUUUCCGUCAUCUUAAAUUUGCUGGGAUCUGUUCCACAGAGCGUUCUACAGACAAUUCCUUCUCAAAACACAUCAAAAUACAUCUCCAGCCUUCCCCCUCGGACCAAACAGUCAUUGGCGGGCGUACUGAAAAACGCCAGCCCAGAUUCCAUUGAGUUGCUCGAAAAGCUGCUGGUUUGGGACCCGAAUGAGCGCCUUGGCGCCGCAGCUGCUCUUGAACACCCAUAUCUUCAACUCUAUCAUGAUGCUACCGACGAGCCUGUGGCAAAAGAAAAGUUUGACUGGUCUUCAGUCUCCAAAGAUCGCUCCUUGGAUCAUUGGAAAAUUCUUACAUACUCGGAGAUAAUGAAUCACCACAACUCCCAAAUCUCGGAAGAUUUGAUUGAUUUCCAGUCCCUGUUGAACGAGUAA